GCUUUCGUUCUGUUCUGUCAUUCAUCGCGCAAAGUUGCGAUCUCGUCUGGAAAACUCUCGUCGUUCGCGCACGGCUUGUUUUUCUUCCCGAAUCCACCCCAGAGAUUAUCCGGCCGGGCAGCUCCUCCCUUCUCUCCGUUACGAUAGGUUCCACAAGCAGCAGCAUGGCCAUCACGAACGUGACCAGUGUCGACCAGUACAACAAACUCAUCAGCUCGCCGGCCCUAACCGUGGCGUUGUUUUCCGCUGAAUGGGCGGAACAGUGCAAGCAGAUUCUCGCGGUGAUGACGGAGCUGGCCAAGCAGUUUUCCGCGGUGCAGUUCGUGGACGUUCCGGCGGAGGAACUGUCCGAGGUGGCGCUCAAGCACCAGAUCGAUGCCGUUCCGACGGUGAUCUUCUUCCAGGCGGGGAAGGCCGUUGAUCGAAUUGAUGGGGUGGACAUUGCCGCGCUGACGACAAAGUGUCGAAAGCUGGCCGGAGCAGCAACAGCAGUUGGCGGAGGUGCCAAGGAACCGCUUGAGGAUCGGCUUAAGGCGCUCAUCAACCGCGCAAACGUGAUGAUCUUCAUGAAGGGUGACCGCGACACACCUCGCUGUGGCUUCUCCAAGCAGCUGAUCGCGAUCGUCAACGAAACUGGAAUCGCCUACGACACGUUCGACAUCUUGACCGACGAGGAGGUGCGACAGGGCCUGAAAACGUACUCGGACUGGCCGACCUAUCCGCAGGUUUACGUGAAGGGGGAGCUCGUCGGUGGGUUGGACAUUAUAAAGGAACUGCUGGCCGGCGGCGAGCUGAAGGAAACGCUGAGCGCGUGAAGUUUUUGAAUGUUAUCAACGCCAGACGACAAUUACCUCAUCACGGUAGAGGCAGCGACGAGUGCGAGAAGUGCUGAAUGUUGUAAAAAUUGAAUUGAUUUUGUGUUGCGAGGAGAAUUCACCCAAGCGCGGUUCCCGGUUUGCUUUCUUGGGUUGAUAAUUUUCUUGGACCCUUCUGUGCUCACUUAGACUAGAACAAAUAAAAUGAUUGAAAACCAAAAA